AAGCAGAGGAACUUACAGAUUACUGUUUGCCUAUUUCCCAUUUACUCGUUCAAGAAAACUUCAAAUUGGAUUCCAAAAUUAAAUUUUCGCUUCCGAUUUCGAAGCUAUUAAUUAGUGAUCUUUUUUUUUUCUCAAAGGUUUGAGGUGAGAGAAAAGCUAUGAUACUAAAAUUAAGCAUUAUCUAAUAAGAAUGCCGGGCAUUCCUUUAGUGGCUCGUGAAACCUCCUCCUAUUCAAGAAGCACAGAUCAAAUGUGCCAAGAAGAUUCUGGCCUGAAUUUAUCUGCUGAAGAGGAAAUUGCGGCUGAAGAGAGUCUAUCGGUUUAUUGCAAGCCUGUAGAACUCUAUAACAUUCUUCAAAGGCGCGCUAUAAGAAAUCCAUUAUUUCUUCAAAGAUGUUUGCGUUACAAACUUCAGGCAAAACACAAAAGGAGAAUACAAAUGACAGUGUCUGUACCAGGGAUUGUCAAUGAAGGUGUACUGACACAAACUGUUUUUCCUUUAUACAUCUUGUUGGCAAGGCUAGUUUCUGAUGUUGCGGUUGCAGAGUAUUCUGCAGUUUAUCGUUUUCGUCGGGCUUGUAUCUUGACUAGCUUCACUGGCAUUGAUGACAGUAAUCAAGCCCAAGUAAAUUUUAUUCUCCCUGAGAUUAAUAAGCUAGCUAUGGAGGCCAAAUCUGGCUCGCUUGCCAUUUUGCUUGUAAGCUUUGCAAAUGGAGGAUGCUGCCUUUGGGGUAGGAUACCAUUAGAAUCACUAUAUUUGUCUUGGGAAAAAUCCCCAAACUUGAGUUCGGGACAAAGGUCUGAGAUGGUUUUACCUGUUGACUUGCAGUCUUGCUUAUUGAAGUUGAAAUGUUCGAAUGAGGACAAAUUCAUAUCAAUUCAAAGUUCCAGCAAUUCUUCCUCAGCGAAUCAACCACUGCAGCUUCAGGUCAUCAUUUCUGCUAAGGAGGUUGGGGUAAAGGAAAAAUCUCCCUAUAAUUCAUACACAUGCAGUGGUGUUUCCUCUUCAUCGCUGCCUCAUAUUAUUGGGUUGAGAGCAGGAAAUGUCAUCUUUAAUUACAGAUAUUAUAACAAUAAGUUACAGAGGACUGAAGUAACUGAAGACUUCUCUUGCCCUUUCUGCUUAGUAAAAUGUGCUAGCUUUAAGGGUCUGAGGCAUCACUUGCCUGCAAACCAUGAUCUCUUCAAUUUUGAAUUUUGGGUAACUGAAGAGUAUCAAGCUGUUAAUGUUUCAGUCAAAACUGAUAGUUGGAGAUCUGAGCUUGUUGCAGAUGGUGUCGAUCCUAAACAACAGACAUUUAUCUAUUACUCAAGGCGUAGACGACAGAAGGGCCUAGUUCAAAAUGCAAGGCAUGUACAUCCUGUUUUCUUAGAGUCAAAUCUGCCAGCAGGAGGCUGUGAGCUUCUUGACAAGGCUCAUGGUGGUAACAUUAUACAAAAUGGUAUAAUGGGUGCUCUGGAGUGUGCCGAACAUCUUCCAUCCAGUUCCAAUGUUGCAGGGGUUUCAGGCACUGCAGGACAAUCAUAUUCUGAUUCUGAACAUGUUCAAUCAGUGUCCGGAAACAAUCUUGGCCCCCCUGCCUUGCAAUUUGCAAAGACAAGAAAAAUAUCUAUGGAACGUUCUGAUCCCAGAAACCGUACUUUCCUUCGGAAGCGACAGUUUUUUCACUCACACAGAGCACAGCCAAUGGCGAUAGAUCAAGUGACGUCUGACAGAGACAGUGAGGAUGAGGUCGAUGACGAUGUUGCAGAUUUUGAAGAUCGAAGGAUGCUUGAUGAUUUUGUUGAUGUAACCAAAGAUGAGAAGCAAAUAAUGCAUUUGUGGAACUCAUUUGUGAGAAAGCAAAGGGUGUUAGCAGAUGGUCAUAUUCCAUGGGCAUGUGAAGCAUUUUCAAAAUUACAUGGGCAAGACCUUGUCAAAGCCCCGGCUCUCAUCUGGUGUUGGAGGUUAUUCAUGACCAAGUUGUGGAAUCACGGUCUCCUCGAUGCACGAACCAUGAAUAAUUGUAAUAUCAUUCUACAACAGUACAAGAAGAAUGAUUUGGAUUCGAUAAAAGGCUAAAGAGACCAUUGGUAAACAAUCAUGAUGCUGAAAUGGUGCUCUCAGCAAUCACCCCACCCCAACACUUUUGUAUAACAGUGGUCGACUCUAAAGCUCUUUACAUGUCAUUAAGUCAAGUAAUUGCUUUACUUAUUUUGUACAAUCAGCAGGUAUAAUUCAUGAUACUUUUUAUACUUUUAUUUUCUUAAUGUUCUUAUAAUUAUUUAUUUGAUAUUUAAAAAAAUUAGGUAUCAAA